AUGACUCACCAGCCAGAUACAACGUCACUUCCCGACAACAUCUUUUGCUGCGAUGGUUGCACCCAAGUCGACACUCGAUACUCUGACAAACCAUACCACGAUCCCAACAGGCAAUUUCACCAAGCUAUUUAUCAGUCAUUCCUCAAUUUUGCAACCCGAUUAUCAGCAGUCAAAGAUCUUGAGUUGGUCCAAGCUCGGGAGGCUGCCGAAAUUCAACGCCAGGCUGCUGAAAUUUAUGCAGCAGCCAUCUCCAUCCAGGAGGAAUCGGAUGAUGUCUCCGUGAAUCUCAUGGACAUGAUUCGAAGUUACAAUCCUGAUCACAAGACGACGCAUCAAGCCCCACCUCCUUCAUUGACAUCCACCAAAUCCCCCACCCCUUCAUCAAUGUUUAUGAGCGCAUUUAAACUCCCCUCUUCCCCUCCGUUCUCGCCUACCAACACGCCGCCUAGACCAAUUUGCUCUGCCAUUUCCCAUUUCAGGAAUGACAAUGCUGUCUUUGGGUCACCUCUGAUAACACCCCCAUCUUCAAAGCCAUCUUCGAAGCCCACCUCCAAGAUGACCUCCAUUUCUUCCGGGGUUGGGCAAUCAUUCAUGGAAUUCCUUAGGAAUGGAGUUACUGCCCUCCCUUCACCGGGGGUCCCCAAUCUUGGAUCCAGCAUCACCGACUCGAAAAUCCCGGAGUGGAGAUUGCGUGCGACCGCUCAAGCAAUGCAACCCCUGGCACAAUCCUUCACUCCUCUUGACGUACCUGGGAUCGGUAAAUCUUCUCAGUCUCCUUGGACGUUUGAACCAACACAAUCUCCAGCUCGUACUGGAGUAUUUGGGUCAUUCAAAUCUUCGACACCCACUGAACCAUUGGAGCCAUUUCAACCUCGAAGUCUCACUGAAAAACUGGGACCAUUCCAGAAUUCAACUUCGCCCGAAACAUUUGCUGAUAUUUCUUUCGAUGAUUUCAGAACCGUCCAAGAACCAUACUGGACGCAAACAGCCCCAGAUCCUUUCAUUCCUCAGCGUGUUCUUUCCCCAUCGAAUCUCAUCAACAAUCCGCUCAUGACCAACCCUCAUCCAACAUACGUGAUUCACAUCACCUCGCGUCAAGAUUACGGCAAGACUGAAUCUCAUCGCUACUUUGUUUGCCCCACGGACCUAACAUCUGACUGGCCGGAAGUCAGUUUACUCCAAUGGUUUGCAGCAGGAGUUGGCUAUGAUGUCAAGGCUGAGAAAUGGGAUCAUAAGUGUUUGCAGCAUCAACGAUUUUUCCGAAUGGUCUUGAGACCCAAUCUGGCGAUGAGAGAAUGGGGGUUGGGCAAGCCAUUAGAGGAGUUGCAGGCGGAAUUGGCGAAAUUGAACGCAGCUACCGCAACGGAGGAUAUAUAG